AGGAGGAGGAGAAGGAUCGCAACUCACAGCGCCAUGGAAGUUUGCUGCAGCAGCAGCGGCGUGAGGGACGCCGGCCACCCCAUCGUGGUGCAGCAGCGCAUUCGUCGCCGGUGCCUGGUGCUCGAGCCCCGCACGGCGGCGUCGCAACCGCGCCUCCGACGCAUCAAGGAGGAGCGUCGGCGCACCCUCGAAGCCCGGCUCCAGGACAACAGGGAGCGGCUCCGGGCGCACGCGGCGGCGGCCGCGGCCGUGCAACCCUCGGAAGGCCCAGACGGGGCCCUCGCGCAGCGCCGUCUUCGUCGCCGGUGCCUUGUGCUCGAGCCCCGCACGGCGGCGUCGCAACCGCGCCUCCGACGCAUCAAGGAGGAGCGUCGGCGCACCCUCGAAGCCCGGCUCCAGGACAACAGGGAGCGGCUCCGGGCGCACGCGGCGGCGGCCGCGGCCGUGCAACCCUCGGAAGGCCCAGACGGGGCCCUCGCGCAGCGCCGUCUUCGUCGCCGGUGCCUUGUGCUCGAGCCCUGCACGGCGGCGUCGCGACCGCGCCUCCGACGCAUCAAGGAGGAGCGUCGGCGCACCCUCGAAGCCCAGCUCCAGGACAACAGGGAGCAGCUCCGGGCGCACGCAGCGGCGGCGGCGGCGGCGGCGGCGGUCGCGGCCGUGCAGCCCUCGGAAGGCCCAGACGGCGCCCUCGCGCAGGGGGUCGCGACCCGUCAGCGUCGUCUUCGUCGCCGGUGCCUGAGCAUGGACCGGCUGGAGAGGUGUUUGUUGGCGGCGCGGUUACUGCGCUGCCACAAGGAGGAGCGGCGGCGCGCUCUGGAAGCCUGGCGCGAAGGCAACGCCGACAGGCUCCGGGGCCAGGCGGCGGCUGCGGCCGCGGCCGUGGCCGCGCAGCCCUCGGAAGUACCGGACGGCGCCCUCGCGCAGUCGCUGGCGCCGGGCGUGAGCGGCGUGCGGCACGAGCGGGAGACGGGGGGCCUGCACGAGUGUCUGCGGUACGCCGGGCGGCUCGCCCGCCUGCACGACGAGGACCGCUGGCACACGGAGCGGCUGGUGACGGAGCUCCUGCGACUGACGAAGAAGCAGCACGAAUCGUUGGCCUCGGCCGGCCUGGCGGGCCCGCAGGAGCACGCGGACCUGGAGGGGGCGAUGCGCCUGGCACGGCGCCGGCGCCCCGUCGCGUGGGCCGACGCGGUCGCCGCCGACGCCGGCGACGCGAGCCGCUAG